UACGGUAAUUCCUCCCAUGAUCCUUUUUGUCUAACGCAGAGCUUUGUUUCUGUAAAAAUAUCACAAUUAACGAAGUGGCAUUGAUGGUUUAGAUCAUAAAUAAGCAGUUUUAAGGAUUUAGGGAGGCAUCUUUAUCAUUUCUUGCAUUCUUUAAAGGUCCAGUAAAUGACGGACAUCAUGAAUAGUGUUGGUUUUCAGACCGAGUUAACAUCCAUAAUGGAAACGUUGGCUAAAACAGCUGUAAUUGAAAUAGGCAAACUUUUACAGGAGAAUUCCUCAUUGCUCCGUUUAGAGAUAUCGCGAUGCACGCGUGAAAACGAAUCUUUGCAACAAAAAUGUCUGUUUUUGGAGAAGGAACUUAAAGCUGCGCGGAAAGCCGCUGGAAAAGUGAAGAGGACGGAAGCUUCUUUCAGCGACGGCUCGACAGACACUGGACAUCGUCCUGCAAUUGACAAUGUGUUUGGCAAGGAAUGGUGCUUGGACUUAUGGAGACACGAGGAGGAGUCAAAUGUUGAUCAAAGUGAAGACACAGAUCUGAGCUCGUCGGUCAAUACAGUAGAGGCGGUAAGUUUGCUGGAUGAAGAAUCAGACAUGGUCAUGAUCAAAGAGGAGACAUUUGAUAACUGCUCUUCAGAUAAAACAGAGGAAGAUCAAAACAGCAGUUUGAGAGGUGCGAUCCAAAAGCAAAUAAAACAAAUUCUCCCAGAACUAGACUCGAGCAAACUUCAAAAUGUGGUCAAGCAUCUUGCUUUUGUGGUGGGUGUGGAGAAGACAGAGGAUCUUUCCUUAGUGGAGGUGACUGAUCUUCAGGACUUUCUGGAACCAAUACAAUGUCGAAAACUCGUGAAAACAUUUAAGCAAAAAGAUUUUUUCCAAGAAAGCAAUGAACAAAAACAUACCGAGAUCACACCGAGAACCGAGAAACAGAGAACGCCUACUGAGAUCACGCUCACUCCAUUAUCAUCAGUUGAAUCCCUUCCUGAACAGACCUUCAUCCCCUACUGUCCUUCAAAUUCCAUUUGGAUCAGAAACUUCCAGGUUCCGUGGGACCGCAUGUCUACUGAUCUCGCUCAUGCGACAUCCACUGGAAAGAGGGCUCGACCUGGAUCAAGAAGGGAGUUUGUUAGAAUUGUCGUGGCAGCCAUGCAAGUCCUAUGCCCAAACCCGAACUUGGCGGCGUGCGGGGAAGUGGCGCGAUACAUUGUGUCUACGUACCCCCUGACAUUUGGAGACAUCUCUGAAGAAGGAGAACAAUUAGGAAACGGUUACAGUUUCUUACAAAGACAACUUAAAACCAGAGUAGAGCACGUGAACAGAGACAUUUUGGAACACAGGAUCCGUCGACCUAGAAGCCUAACAACCAAAAGAGGCGCAAACCAGGACGACUGCGAGUUAAAAAAAGUCAGAUAUGUUAAAGUGGACAGCUACGGAUGCAUUAACUGGCAACCGCCCUCCAUCCCAGAAGGGGAGACUCCGGAUACUCUUGAAAUGAAGAGAAAGGUUGCGGCGGAGAUCUUUCAGUCCGCAGGCCCGAGAGCCGCCGAGCUGCCCAACGUUGAUGACCUGAUGCAACAGACUUACGUGUACCAACGACACAUGAUAAACUCGUGCCCUUCACCCACCAUCAGCGAAAUAGAGCUUCACUGGCCUUUCCUGUUCACAGAAAGAGGACUGUGCAGGCACUUCCAGACGCUGACCGGGAUUGACAUCAGAAGUCGGUUAGGUGAAACCUUUAAUAUCAAAGCCAAGAGGAUUUUGAGGUACUUCUAUAGUCAGAAGCUGAGGUGGAGUGAAGAGAUCCAGAGUUUCUUGAGUGAGAUCGAGGAUGACGGCGCUGAAGCGAAUAAUAACAAGACUGCCAUAUCUGCCAUCUUGUUACUGAUGAAACACUUCAAGGAAAAGGAAACAUUUAUAUUCAUCUCGGCAGGUGAAGCUUCAACCAAGAUGUCCAUUGAAAAGGAGAUGACCCUACCAGCAACACCAAGGCUCAUCAUGCUUGGUGAUAAAUUACUGACGUCAUCCAAGUGGUUCAUCAGCAUCGAGGGCAGAGUCACACAUUCUAUAGACAACCAGCUUGACUUCAUGGCAGCGUUGUCUGUGUUCUUCAGCUGCUUCUAUGUUUUUAAUAUAGAGUACCAGGAGUCAGCCAGUACCACCCUAGAGCUCAUUCAGAGGUUUUUCGUAAGGAUUAAUCCAGAAGGCACCAAGUGUACGUCAAAAUCGGGCACAAGUCGAAGGACAGGGUCAUCUGUCCAAAGAAAACACCAAAACUUGAAUCCUCGUGUGGCUACAUUUAUGCGGAGGAUUGCUGAAUUUGAGUCAAACUUUGGCUGAUGGUACUGUAUCUUAUGUAUUAUAUUGUAUGAGAUGAAGGAUGUCCCUUAAGUAAAAGGAUUAUUAAUUGAUCGAAUAUUCUGUUUGUAUUGUUUCAGUGCGCUCUUAAUCAUAUGCACUGACUACUGCUUACUAACAGAAUUAAUGAUUAUUUUUAUAAUUUUUUUUACCCUUGUUACCUUGUUUUAUUUACACUGUUCUGCUGCAAUGUUGCUGGAAUGUUUGUAGUACUGUUUUAUUAUCAGUUGUUAUAUUUCAUUCAAUAACUGUUUAUUCAAGUUAUUCAUGCAACAAUAAAAAAGGUAUCAAC